AUGACCGCCAGUCUGCUCCCUACUUUUGCUGUUUCGGCCCCUGGAAAGGUCAUUAUCUUUGGCGAGCAUGCUGCCGUUUAUAACAAGCCAGCAAUUGCUGCAGCUCUCUCGCUUAGAACUUACCUCUAUGUAACUCCAAAUGACUUGGCUACUGACAAUGUUAUUCGUCUCGAAUUCCCAGACGUCGGCCUCAAGUUUGAGUGUCCUACUGCUUCUUUACCCUGGCAUUUGGUCCAGAAACUUGACGAUACCCCUCCUGGAUCUCGUCCUUCAUCAGCAUCCUCCUCUUCCACUUCGUCUACAGCUGCAGCCCAAUCUCUUGACGAGCUCAAUCUUGACGAGCAUAUUGUCUCCGAGCUUCACAAUAUUCUCAAACCCAAGACUACAAACUCCUUUCAAUACGCUGCUCUUCUCGCCUUUUUCUAUCUUUAUCUACAUAUCUGCGACCCUUCUACCCCAGCUCAUACUUUUGUAACCAAGUCAACUUUACCCGUGGGUGCUGGUCUCGGCUCUUCUGCAACUUAUGCAGUAUGUCUUUCAACGGCAUUUCUGACGUUGACCCAACAGCUCUCCAUUCCUACUGUUGAGGAAGAACCCCCCCUAAGCCGCGCACCUACACACGAAGACAAAAACAACAUUGAAAAUGUGUUUGAAAAAGCAGCAUCUGACCUGUUGUCAACCCCACCAAUCACCCCUACUUUAGAGUCUUCUUCUUCUUCUUCCUCCAACAAAAUUGAUGGUUCUUCAACUUCUCCUUCUGCCACAACCGAUGCCACAGUCACAGAGGCUGCCCGAGCCACGGCUGCAGCUGCUUUGGCCUCCACCACCUCAGUCCUUUGUUUGGGCAAUGCCGACCACGACCUCAUCAACAAGUGGUCUUACAUUGGUGAAAAGUGUUUGCACGGGAACCCCUCGGGUAUUGAUAAUACCGUAGCAUGUCGCGGCGGCGCUGUCUUGUUCCAACGUCCCUCGACCCUCAUCCCCAUGAAGCGCUUCCCCGCACUCAAGCUGUUGCUGACCAAUACCAAGCACCCCCGCCGCACUAAGGAUCUUGUUGCGCGCGUUGGCGACCUUUAUGAAACAUUUCAAAGCGGUACACAGUCCAUUUUGGACGCUAUUGAGCAUGUCACACAAGAGGCAUUUGUUCUUUUGGGGUCUGCUGAACGCACCUCAGAAACGAGUCACACUGAUGUUUCUGGUAGCAACACUCCUUCCAAAAAAACGGGUCUUGCGCUACCUGUUAAAACUGUGGGCGAAAGCCCUGACGCUGUUAAGCGUCUUUUGCAACUUAUCCGCAUUAAUCAUGGUCUUCUUGUGUCACUUGGCGUGUCACACCCUAAACUUGAAAAAGUCAAAUCUAUUGGCGACCAGCUGCAUAUUGGUGAGACUAAGCUUACAGGGGCUGGCGGCGGUGGCUGUGCCAUUACCCUAUUACAUGUUGAUGAUGUGGAAAAUGAUACCGAGAGUGCUGCGGCUACAAUCGACGAGCGGCUCGAUGAGUUUCGUGCUCGUUUGGAAAAUACCAAAAAUGGCUUUGAAAUUUUUGAAACGGUGCUGGGCGGGCCCGGCGUUGGAUUGGCGACUGGACUAGAUGUGGCACACUUUUCACAUGACGAGUUUUUGAGUCUUAACCGUGCCCAACUUGAAGGUUUUGAUUGGAAAUAUUGGGGAUGA